AAGUCGCUGUGGCCUUCUAGGACAGUUGCCAUAGAAACGAGGCAUUGGUUGCCGCUGUACAGGAAGCUACCUGCGCGCGAUAGAAGGAACUUCCGGGAGAGUUUAUACUCGGGAAUCUGAGUACAUGUACUUGGCGUGAUGCUGCCAAAUGAAACAGAUCUGAGUGAACUGCUGGCUAAGAAAGAACAAGAAUGGAAAGAGCUCCAGCAGCGUCAGAUCCUCGCUCUCCAGCAAAACCUUAAAGGCGCUUUGAAAAAUCUCCAAGAGGAGAAAGAUAAAUUCAACAGGUUGAAGAAUGACUUCACCCACAACCUCAAGGUGCUGGGCGAGAGGGACCGUGAGCUGGAGCGGUAUGAAGUCAUGUACAGCCGAAUAAAGGUUCUGGAGAAUGCAAAGCAAUCUGAGAUCAGUGACUUAAAGAUACAGAUCGAGAAACUUCAGCAAGAGAUCCAAAGAGAGAAGAAGAAGUAUGACGACUUACAAAGCCAUUAUCAGCGAAGAGUGAAGGAGCACCAGCUAGAUCUAGAGCGAGUAAACAGCUCUAAAAAUGGUGAUGUUGAUCGUCUCCGAGGAGAGUACGAGAAUGUAAAGCGCCAGUUGGAAAGGAAAAUUGAGAAGGUGCAAGGAGACCUGAGCCUACAGAGACAGGAAUUGUCUUUGGAAUUUGAUUGUGAAAUGAAGAAACGCGAGCAUGAGUUUCGUCUACGUCUAGAUGAGAUGAGCACUGUAGUUCUUUCACAUGAACUCAAGGCAAAGCUACUGACAAAAGAGUUAGAAGUUAUGAGGGAAAUGGAACUGAAAGGAGCAGAAACCAUUCAGGAAACAGAAUCCACCAACCAGAGACUGCAAGAGGCCUUGAAAUUGAAGGAAUUUGAAAUGAAAGAGCUAUCAGCAGUAAAAGAUGCACGAAUUAAAGAACUAGAAGAAAAACUACAGUCAAUGCAACAUCAGAUGAAAAAACAAGAGGAGACGUUCCAAAGAAAACACGUGCAGCUAGACCGACUUGCACGUGAGAAGGAGUCGGCUCUGGAAUCGAUGAAGGAGGCUCACGCUGAACAUGCACGCCGGCUAGAGAAACAGGUCAAGGAGCUGCAGAUGUGUGUAGAGACUCUGCAGGCAGAGCAGCAAAGAGCUCAGUGCAGGCAGAAAGCCACACUGACUGAGAGAGACUCCACCAUUGACAAGUUGAAAGAUGAUGUUGCCACUCUGAAGAACGGCUGGGAUUCCUAUGUUACCCAAGUGUCUAAAGAUACUGUGACUAAAGACCUCCAGAUUCAAGCCUUGCAGGAAGAGGAACAGAAAAUAAAAGCUGAAAUGGCAAAAUACCAGAAAGACAUUGAAAGGUACCAGCAACAACUGGCAUGCUCAUUGGAGCGUGAGAGAAUUUUAGAACAAGCCAGGGUCCAGGUUGAAUUGGACUGGCAGAAGCGUUGUGAAAAGGCAGAGAAAAAACAGUAUCAGAAAUCUGAGGAACUUAUAGAAAAUCUCAGUAAAGCCAAGGAACAGUUGGAGGCCGACAUGAAGGAAAAGGAGAGGAGACUGAGCGAGCUGCAGCUGCUGGUGUCCACACUUUCUUGGGAAAGGGAUCAAACUCUUAAGAUGGCAAGCAAAUACCCAGGAGAACAGACACUGGGAGCUGUGCCAGACUUUGCUUCAAAGGAAAUUCACAAGCUGCAAGAGCAGAAUUCCGAACUGCGGGAAGUGAUAGGUCAAAUGAGAAAAGAGAUGGAGUCUUUAUGUCAGCAGAUUUCUCCUCCGCACCCUGAGAGGACAGAAUCUCCAUCUAGAAACACAACAGAGAAUGUGGCCACUGCUGAUUAUGUGAAGUCACUUGAAGUGGAAAUCCAAGAUCUAAAGCAGAAGAACCGAUUAAUGGAGGAGAAGUUUCAGGAGGCAUUGUUGCCAAAGGACAAUCCUGAGCGGCCUUCUACCGCAAAACCUGUUUCUCCAGACAACAUCUACAUCCAAAACCACAUUAGUAGCUUGAAUGAAACUAUUGGAGCGUUAAAAGCUGACAAAGUUGCAUCAUCAGCUGCUUAUAAGAAACUGGAAGCAAGAGCAGCUCACUUAGAAUCUAUGGUUACAGAGCUCACACAGAAGGUCCAGCAGAAACAGGUAGAAGUCAGCCAGCUACAGUUCCAAUUGAACAGCGAGACACGACACAACCAAGCCACCAUCUCCAGCUUGCGGCAGAGGCAGUCUGAGUUAGAAAUGCAGCUUACUGAGGCCCGGAAAGAAGCCGAAGAAUUUUUUAAAGGAAACCUGACGCAAAAUCUGGAAACAGUGGGACUUGGAAAGGAGGUUUCUGCACUGAAGUUGGAGCUGGCCAGUCAGCGUGUCCCGGUGGUUCUCAGCGAGACUGCAAUGGUCAAGGAACUUCGGGAAGAGAUCCUGACUCUCCGACAGCAGCUGGCAGUCCUUUCAUGCCCAGACGGUGGUCCUGCAAACCCUUAUAUCCUAAGAAACAAACUGAAAGAAGCCGUGAAGAAAAUUUCUCAAUUGAGUUUGGAGAAACAACAGCUUAUUGACAUGGGAAACAGGCUGAGAGCAGAGCUGGCCGCCGCCGCAGGAGGAAACGCACCCAAAGAUUCCAUCCCUUCUGUUAUAAAAAUGCCUCCUACUAAACUUCAAGCAGCAGAAACGCAGAAUCGUCUGUCAGCAUUGGAAGGGCUGCAGUACCAGCUAACCUCUCAGGAGUUACAGUUUGCCCAGUACCAGAAACCUCACAGUCUUUCUGCCAUGGAUCAAUCUACUACAGGCGUCAAAAACAAGAGAAACCAGGAAAGUUCUGUAGCUUCAGCUGCAAUGCAGUAUUCUACCUCUGAAGAGCCCAAACCUACAUGGAAAGAGAACAUGUCACCAUCACCACAUGGACGUCUCAUGAACAGCUCAGAGGCAUCUUGGAUACAAGGGGACUCCUCUUCACAGGAGGUCUGGAAAAUCCUGGAUAUGGGGUCAAGUCCAUCUCUAAUAAGCUCACAGGAAGAUGCUCCGCAAGUAACCACUACAAGAAGUCAUCCAGGACUGAGGAAUCAGAAUACAAAACAUUCUUCCUUGAGGAAAGGUUCAGAAAAGCCCAGCCAGUCCCUCAAUACCAGACAGACCAAGGGCAGAGGAUCCCACAACACCCCAAAAAUUCGGAACUAUAACAUACGAGACUGAGUUCAAUGGAUCAGCUGCUUCCCUCCUAAGAACAUACCUGGAUGAAUAUUUUUUUAUGAAUUAUCCUUAUUUGGACAGGCUGAAACAGUAGCCAAAAUGACCCCUUAAAGGGGUACUACUCAGCGUUUGGAACAAACUGUUCCGAACGCUGGAGCUGGCACCGGGUGCUCGUGAUGACAUAGC